AUGGGUCUAUCAAUGUGGCAAAAAACUCGUUAUUAUUUAGUGGAGCCGGCGGUAUUAAUUUUAGUCUUUGCCUAUAAUUUAUCGGCAACGGUGUGGAAAAAUCAAAUUAUCUAUCAGACAUGCACCACAAUAUUUCAUCACAAUACAACGGAUUGUAAAAAAUUAUCAACAAAAGAUGCUAGCGAUUAUAUAAAGUCCAUAGAAACGGAAGUCCAGUCCUAUACGGUGGUAUUCUUUAUGACAAACUCUUUGAUACAAAGUAUAGUACCGGCACUUUGCGGGACAUUUGUUGGAGCUUGGUCGGAUCGAUUUGGUCGUAAACCUCUACUGAUAGCAUCAUUUACAGGUUAUUUUCUUUUCUAUGCCCUAACCUGUCUCAUCAGUCAUUUAUCCGAUUCGUAUGCCGUUGAUCCAUGGUUUUAUAUAUUACCCUCUAUACCGCUAUCGUUAUUGGGUGAUGGUGUUACAUAUUCCGUGGCUGCCUUUUGUUAUAUCUCAGAUGUUUCAACAGCCAAAGAAAGGCCAUAUCGAAUGAAUUUAUAUGAAGCUGUUAUCUAUAUUGGCCUAAUGUCGGGAUCCUUUGUAUCAGGAUAUAUUUACAAUGCUUACGAAUCGGCUACACUAAUAUUUUUCAUAUCCUCAAUGUGUAUUCUAUGGGCAACACUGAUAGUUAUAUUUCUAAUACCGGAAAGUUUAAAUAUGCGACAGAUCUCAUCAGCAACAAAUGCGGUACAUAAAUUUGAAAAUCCCCAGCAUAAAAACGAUACUGAAAAUUCUCAAGCUACAACAUCGGCAAAUAUUUCUUCUACACAAUCAGAAAAUAAUAAGGAUACCCAGGGUCAAACUGAAGUUGAGGAAAAUCGCCAACAUUCCAGAAAUCGUCUGAGAAAAUUAUUUGACAUUGAUCAUUUGAAGGCAAUGUAUUUAACCUGUUUUAAGGCAAGAGAGUUUGAAACACGUUCGGUUAUUUUGUUGAUUGUGGCAUGUUUGUGGACGUGUGCCUUUGUCGUGGAGGGAUCGUCGACCGUAUUUUAUUUAUUUGUGCGUGAGAAAUUCCAAUGGACCGUUAAAGAUUUUACCACAUACGAAACGAUAAGUAUUUUGAUACCAAUAUUGGGUAAUGUUUUGGGCGUUUGGCUGUUAAGGAGGGUUUUCAAAAUGCAAAUCCUCACAGUGGCCAUCUACGCCUUGUUGUCCCAAGCCUCUAGCAGUUUAAUGAAAGGUUUUGCUGCCGUCAAUUGGCAAUUGUAUUUAGCCAUUGCCUUGGGUAUUCUCAAAUCGGUGGUCAAUCCAAUGCUGAGAACAAUUUUAACCAAUUUACUACCACCCAAUGAAUUGGGAAAAAUCUUUUCAUUUAUUAGUGCCAUUCAGGCCUUUAUGCCAUUUGUGGCAUCCCCAUUGUAUACGAUUAUUUAUCGUUCAACACUCACCUCAUUUCCGGGACUAUUUAAUAUAAUAAAUGCAAAUCUAUUUAUUGUGGCCAUUGGUUUUAUACUAGUUAUUUUGCGUAAAAAACAAAAAUACCCGGAACAUUACACAGCGAUUUUGAAUUGA